UCAAGAUUGUUGGUCACUCACUUGGUGGUGGUACAGCUGCACUGCUGACGUACAUCCUUCGAGAACAGAAAGAAUUAUCCUCGAGCACUUGUGUCACCUUUGCUCCAGCUGCCUGUAUGACCUGGGAGUUGGCGGAAUCAGGGAAACACUUCAUCACUACAAUUAUCAAUGGCUCUGAUCUGGUGCCUACAUUCUCAGCUGCUUCUGUGGAUGAUCUUCGUUCGGAGGUAACUGCAUCGUCUUGGUCGAAUGAUCUGCGUGAUCAAGUCGAGCGCAACAGAGUUUUAAAGGUCAUUUAUCGAUCUGCCACUGCUCUUGGGUCUCGUCUACCAUCUAUAGCGAAUGCUAAAGCAAGGGUUGUUGGUGCAGGUGCACUUCUGCGACCUGUCUCGAGCAGCACUGAGGUCAUGAUGAAGCGUGCACAAGAUGUAGCUCAAGCAGUUGUAAGGACUCGCUCUUCCAUAUCAUCAUGGACUUGUAUGGGUCCCCGCCGUCGUGCUGUGGUUCCUUCAUCUGAUUCCAAAGUGGACGAUUUGCCUGAGGCAAUCCCUCUUAUUCCUGAGACAACAGAAUCUCUUGCAAGAGAAAAAAUAAGCAGAGAUCUGGACCCAGAUAAGCCAGAAUAUUGUUCUUCGUCAGAUCAGUCAGGGAUAGACGAGACUGAUGACGAGGAUGAUCUCCGUCAUGUGGAUAAAACAGUCGCUACAUCAACUCUAGAGAAUAUUACAGAAGGCGAGUUAUGGUACGAACUCGAGAAGGAACUCCAGAGGCAGGAGAGUGAGGCAGAUGUCCAUACACAGGAAGAAGAAGAAGCUGCAGCAGAGGAAAUUACCGAAGAGGAGAAGGUACUGUCCGAUGCAGUUGAAAGUCGAACACCCAUUUCUUCCUCAGAUGUUUCAGAGAAUCUCCAUUUCUAUCCUCCAGGUAAGAUAAUGCAUAUGGUUUCUGUACCUUCAUCUGAGGCAAGCGAUUCAAGUCACAAUGGUUCGGUAGACGAGCAAGUUGGUAUCCAUGAGACACCACGAGAAUUAUACAGUAAGCUCCGAUUGUCGAGGACUAUGAUAAGAGAUCAUUACAUGCCUAUGUACAAGAAAGUGAUGGAACAAUUGAUCGUACAACUAGAAAACGAGGAAGAUGCUAAUGAAAUAUUAACAUAACAAGCUCAAAAUGGAGCGAAACUAUAUUGAUUAUGCCGGAUUUGGCACAUUUUUCUUCUUUAACUCGUGAUGAGUGGGGAUUCUAGUGUAUAAUUGAACUUUAUAGUUAAAAGGGGGUUGCUGAAUACUUUUGUGAAUAUUUAUAGAUAAUUAAAGCAUAUAUUUCACAGGUCU